GAAGAAAUCGCCCUUAGUAUCGACGCCUAACCCAACGGAGUUGCCUGUCUUUGGAUCUUGACAUCUUCUUGCAACUCUUUCGUUUCCCACUUUUCCAUCUCGUCUGCAUUUUCUUGUCCUCCAGCCCGGCCAUGGCUGCUCCCCGACUCUUCCGCCCUGCAGCUCGUCUGCUCUCAUCGCGUCCUACCUCCGCUCCCCUCCGCCCUGCUUUUCGCAAGCCGGUAUAUGCCUCCUUGGCCGUGCGCUCCCAGGGAUACGCCACGGAGAGCGGUACCAAGGAUGUCACCGUUCGCGAUGCACUGAACGAAGCCCUUGCCGAGGAGUUGGAAAGCAACCAGAAGACUUUCAUUCUGGGCGAGGAGGUCGCGCAGUACAAUGGAGCUUACAAGGUGACGAGGGGUCUUUUGGACCGCUUUGGUCCUAAGAGGGUCAUUGAUACCCCGAUUACUGAGGCUGGCUUCGGCGGUCUCGCCGUCGGUGCUGCUCUCGCGGGCCUGCACCCCAUUUGCGAGUUCAUGACUUUCAACUUUGCCAUGCAGGCGAUCGAUCAAAUCAUCAACUCCGCCGCUAAGACACACUACAUGUCGGGUGGUAUCCAACCUUGCAACAUCACUUUCCGUGGCCCCAACGGUUUCGCCGCCGGUGUCGCCGCGCAGCACUCCCAGGAUUACUCCGCCUGGUACGGCAGCAUCCCUGGCCUGAAGGUUGUCUCGCCCUGGAGCUCGGAGGAUGCCAAGGGUCUGUUGAAGGCCGCCAUUCGCGACCCCAACCCGGUCGUCUUCUUGGAGAACGAGCUCAUGUACGGACAGGCCUUCCCCAUGAGCGAGGCUGCUCAGAAGAGUGACUUCGUUCUGCCUCUUGGCAAGGCCAAGAUCGAGCGCCCCGGAAAGGAUCUGACUAUCGUUUCCCUUUCCCGCUGUGUGGGUCAGUCUCUCAAUGCCGCGGCGGAGCUCAAGCAAAAAUAUGGAGUCGAAGCCGAAGUGAUCAACCUUCGGUCCGUGAAGCCGCUCGACGUGGAGACCAUCAUCCAGUCUCUCAAGAAGACCGGCCGUAUCAUGGCCGUUGAAUCUGGUUACCCCAUGUUCGGUGUCUCCUCCGAAAUCCUCGCCCUGUCCAUGGAGUACGGUUUCGACUACCUGACGGCGCCCGCUGUCCGUGUCACCGGUGCUGAGGUGCCCACGCCCUACGCUCUUGGUCUGGAGCAGCUCAGCUUCCCCCAGGAGGACACGAUCGUUGGCCAGGCCGCCAAGCUGCUGCGUUUGUAAAUGGUAUGACAAGAAAACUGGCGCUAUAAAAAGAGGAUAAAUUCUGUUUUGUUUUUGGUAACUUUUUGACCUGUUCCUGUCUACUUUCAAGCUCUAAGUCGUUUUCGUUUCCAUGUUCACUUUUAAAUCUGUACGACUACUGAUUAAUCAACCUUUACAUCUUC